AAACCCUGGUUGUGGUCCUAAAGACAAGCCUCUUCUUUGAUGGGACUGAUAUUAAGGGAAGUGGGACCUUUUGUAUAUUCAACUCACAGUUGUAGAACUUGCCAUCAUCAGCAUGAGUGGCUUAAAAGAGGAAAUAAAGAAGCUUUCAACUAAAUCUGAAAGUACAGUCAUUUUUUUACCACUGUGAUUUUAAGGCCUCUUCAUAACCAUUGAAAAAGAAUUGACAACUGUUUUAAAAGAUUAAAGAAAGGCAGAUGUCUGCAAACAAUUCUCCUCCAUCAUCCCAGAAGUCUGUAAUACCUGCAACUCUUCCUGCUGUGCUUCCAGCUCCUUCUCCGUGUUCAAGUCCUAAAACAGGACUCUCUGCGCGACUCUCUAAUGGAAGCUUCAGUGCACCGUCACUCACCAACUCCAGAGGCUCAGUGCAUACAAUCUCAUUUCUACUGCAAAUUGGCCUUACACGGGAGAGUAUUACCAUCGAAGCCCAGGAACUAUCUUUAUCUGCUGUCAAGGAUCUUGUGUGCUCCAUUGUUUAUCAAAAGUUUCCAGAGUGUGGAUUCUUUGGCAUGUAUGACAAAAUUCUUCUCUUUCGCCAUGACAUGAACUCAGAAAAUAUUUUGCAGCUGAUUACCUCAGCAGAUGAAAUACAUGAAGGAGACCUAGUAGAAGUUGUUCUUUCAGCUUUGGCCACAGUAGAAGACUUUCAGAUUCGUCCACAUACUCUCUAUGUACAUUCUUAUAAAGCUCCUACUUUUUGUGAUUACUGUGGUGAGAUGCUCUGGGGAUUGGUACGUCAGGGACUGAAAUGUGAAGGCUGUGGAUUAAAUUACCAUAAACGAUGUGCCUUCAAGAUUCCAAAUAACUGUAGUGGUGUAAGAAAGAGACGUCUGUCAAAUGUAUCCCUGCCAGGACCUGGCCUCUCAGUUCCAAGACCCCUGCCGACUGAAUAUGUAGCCCUUCCCACUGAAGAGUCACAUGUUCACCAGGAACCCAGUAAGAGAAUUCCUUCUUGGAGUGGUCGCCCGAUUUGGAUGGAAAAGAUGGUCAUGUGCAGGGUAAAAGUUCCACACACAUUUGCUGUUCACUCUUAUACCCGUCCCACAAUAUGUCAGUACUGCAAGCGGUUACUGAAAGGCCUCUUUCGCCAAGGAAUGCAGUGUAAAGAUUGUAAAUUCAACUGCCAUAAACGAUGUGCAUCAAAAGUACCGAGAGACUGCCUUGGAGAGGUUACUUUCAAUGGAGAACCUUCUACUCUGGGAACAGAUACAGAUAUACCAAUGGAUAUUGACAGUAGUGACAUGAACAGUGAUGGUAGUCGGGCCUUGGAUGACACAGAGGAACCAUCUCCCCCAGAAGAUAAAAUGUUCUUCCUGGAUCCAUCUGAUCUUGAUGUGGAAAGAGAUGAAGAAGCUGUUAAAACAAUCAGUCCAUCAACAAGCAAUAAUAUUCCGCUAAUGAGGGUCGUACAAUCCAUCAAGCACACAAAGAGGAAGAGCAGCACGAUGGUGAAGGAAGGGUGGAUGGUCCAUUACACCAGCAGGGACACCCUGAGAAAGAGGCAUUAUUGGAGACUGGACAGCAAAUGUCUAACAUUGUUUCAAAACGAAUCGGGAUCGAAGUAUUAUAAGGAAAUUCCACUUUCAGAGAUUCUUCGCAUAUCUUCCCCACAAGAUUUCACGAACAUUUCACAAAGCAGCAACCCACACUGUUUUGAAAUCAUCACUGAUACUAUGGUAUACUUUGUUGGCGAGAACAGUGGGGACAGCUCUCACAAUCCUGUUCUUGCUGCCACUGGAGUGGGACUUGACGUAGCACAGAGCUGGGAAAAAGCAAUUCGCCAAGCUCUCAUGCCUGUGACCCCUCAAGCAAGUGUUUGUACUUCUCCAGGGCAAGGGAAAGAUCACAAAGAUUUGUCUACCAGUAUCUCUGUAUCUAAUUGUCAGAUCCAGGAGAAUGUGGACAUCAGUACCGUUUACCAGAUCUUUGCAGAUGAGGUGCUUGGUUCAGGCCAAUUUGGUAUCGUCUAUGGAGGAAAACACAGAAAGACUGGAAGGGAUGUGGCUAUUAAAGUAAUUGAUAAGAUGAGAUUCCCCACAAAACAGGAGAGUCAGCUCCGUAAUGAAGUGGCUAUUUUACAGAAUUUGCACCAUCCUGGGAUUGUAAACCUGGAAUGUAUGUUUGAAACCCCAGAACGAGUUUUUGUAGUAAUGGAAAAGCUGCAUGGAGAUAUGUUGGAAAUGAUUCUAUCCAGUGAGAAAAGUCGACUUCCAGAACGAAUAACUAAAUUCAUGGUCACACAGAUACUUGUUGCAUUAAGAAAUCUACAUUUUAAGAAUAUUGUGCACUGUGAUUUAAAGCCAGAAAAUGUGCUCCUCGCAUCAGCAGAGCCAUUUCCUCAGGUGAAGCUGUGUGACUUUGGUUUUGCACGCAUCAUUGGUGAAAAGUCGUUCAGGAGAUCUGUGGUAGGAACUCCUGCAUACUUGGCCCCUGAAGUUCUCAGGAGCAAAGGCUACAACCGUUCUCUAGAUAUGUGGUCAGUGGGAGUUAUUGUCUAUGUGAGCCUCAGCGGCACAUUUCCUUUUAAUGAAGAUGAAGAUAUAAACGACCAAAUCCAAAAUGCUGCAUUUAUGUACCCACCAAAUCCAUGGAGAGAAAUUUCUGGUGAAGGUCUUUUCCCUGCCUGCCCGUCUCUCCUCCUUGCUGUCGAAAUCCUUCCAGUUCUUCAGAGAUCCCUUAACUUGUGGCUCAUCUGAGAAGUCUUCCCUGAACCCCUCUUCCAAACUGUGUAAGAUCUACUUAGGCCACUAGUUGGGCGUAUUUAUCUUUUCACAACCACUUAUCUUCAGAACUAGAUUCUAAUCUCCUUGAAUGGAGACCUGUAACUUAGGUUCUUUAUAUACCACUUAAAACAUUAUUUAACAUUCCCAUAGCAUUUGAUAGAACCACUACUGGGGAACAUCCCCACCUGAAUUUAGCCAACCCUUGGAACAGGGGGGUCUUUUUUUUGUUUUCCCGAAAGUCCCAGCCCUAAUCAUAGGGAUUAAUAGCCCAUUAAACUGGGAAAAGUUUGAGGAACAACAUAUAAAUAGUAGGCUUACUUGGUAAUGAACAGAGCUAACUGAAGAAGUACAUAUGAGGGUUUGGGGAUGUUGCCAAAGUCAUCUUAGAGUUCCUUGGACAGUGUGGUCUGCAGACCUCUUAAAUCAGAAUCACUUGGUGACUUUAUUAAAAAGAAGACCCUGCUGGCUCUACCCCAGAUUCAGACUCACCAGCUGGACUGAUACCCGGGAAUAAAUACACUGAAUACAUUUUAAUAAAUACACGGAAUGAUUCUGAUGCACAUAGUGGACCGCCACUUAAGGAACAAUGGAUAAAAGUUUGAAGUAUUUAGAAUACAGAGAAAUUAAUAAUUAAAAUACUUAUGGAAAAAAAAUAACUUGAUUAGGGCAAAAACAAAAAUAUGGAAAAUCGUUGCUAGUUUGGUGAUAUUUAGAACUAGAAAUAGUAUAAGUCGUUCAUUUGGCUCAUCCCUGGACCCAUGCCUUAGCAACAGCUA